GCGAGAGAAGCGAAAUGACAUUUCCUCUUUAAAGAGCUGGAGCCGGGCCCAGCGCGCCAUGGCCGCGUGCGCAGAUCUAAGUAAGUCCCCGACGCCGAACGGGACCCCGUCUGCGGACGCCGCCGGCGACGCCGUGGACCCCUCCCACGCGUGCAGUGUCCUCAAGCAGCUCAGAGCCAUGUACGAGGAGGCACAGCUGACGGACAUCGUGGUGGAAGUGGACCAUGGGAAGACCUUUUCCUGCCACCGGAACGUCCUCGCUGCCAUCAGCCCCUACUUCAGAUCCAUGUUCACUAGUGGMCUUACAGAAAGUACCCAGAAAGAAAUUCGAAUAGUUGGUGUUGAAGCUGAAUCAAUGGAUUUAGUACUGAAUUAUGCCUACACCUCCAGAGUUGUUCUGACAGAGGCCAACGUCCAAGCCUUGUUCACUGCCGCUAGCAUCUUCCAGAUCCCAUCUAUCCAGGACCAGUGUGCUCAGUACAUGGUCAGUCAUCUGGACCCACAGAAUUCCAUUGGGGUCUUUAUCUUUGCUGAUCAUUAUGGUCAUCAGGAACUUGGAGACAGAUCAAAAGAAUAUAUUCGUAAAAAGUUUCUGUGUGUCACCAAAGAACAGGAGUUUCUGCAGCUGACAAAAGACCAGCUGAUAAGCAUUCUAGACAGCGACGACCUAAAUGUGGACCGAGAAGAACAUGUGUAUGAAAGCAUUGUGCGGUGGUUUGAACAUGAACAGAAUGAACGAGAAUUGCACCUUCCAGAAAUUUUUGCCAAAUGCAUACGUUUUCCUCUGAUGGAAGAUACCUUCAUAGAGAAAAUUCCACCUCAGUUUGCACAGGCCAUCGCCACAGGCUGUGUGGAAAGGGCACCGUCCAACACAAAUGGCUGCACUCAAAGGCUGGGGAUGACUGCUUCUGAAAUGAUCAUAUGUUUCGAUGCUGCCCACAAACACUCAAUAAAGAAGCAAACAGUGCCUUGUCUGGAUAUUGCCACAGGAAGGGUGUUUAAACUAUGCAAACCACCGAAUGACCUGAGAGAAGUUGGGAUUCUGGUAUCGCCAGAUAAUGACAUUUACAUUGCAGGAGGGUACAGGCCAAGCAGCAGUGAGGUCUCCAUUGACCACAAGGCAGAAAACGAUUUCUGGAUGUAUGACCAUUCCACCAACAGAUGGCUGUCCAAACCAUCCUUGCUUCGAGCCAGAAUAGGCUGCAGACUGGUGUACUGCUGUGGUAAAAUGUAUGCCAUUGGAGGUCGCGUUUACGAGGGUGACGGGCGUAACUCCCUGAAGUCCGUGGAAUGCUAUGACAGCAGAGAGAACUGUUGGAGGACUGUGUGUGCAAUGCCUGUCGCCAUGGAGUUCCACAGUGCCGUGGAGUAUAGAGAGAAGAUCUAUGUCUUACAGGGAGAAUUUUUCCUCUUCUAUGAGCCUCAAAAAGACUACUGGGGGUUUCUAACCCCCAUGACGGUGCCUCGAAUCCAGGGCUUGGCUGCGGUGUACGAGGACUCCAUCUACUAUGUGGCGGGAACCAGUGGGAAUCACCAGCGCAUGUUCACCGUGGAGGCCUACAACAUUGAGCUGAACAAGUGGACCCGCAAGAAGGACUUCCCGUGCGAUCAGUCCAUCAACCCGUACCUCAAGCUGGUCCUCUUCCAGAAUAAACUUCACCUGUUUGUCCGAGCUACUCAAGUGACUGUUGAGGAGCACGUCUUCAGAACCAGCAGGAAGAACUCCCUGUACCAGUAUGAUGAGGCGGCCGACCAGUGGGUGAAGGUGUACGAGACUCCGGAUCGGCUCUGGGACCUGGGCCGGCACUUUGAAUGUGCUGUUGCCAAACUCUACCCUCAGUGUCUUCAGAAAGUGCUCUAGAGCAGCGGGCCUCGCAGCGUCUCUGGCCUCUCGGGCCAGGAAGCCUGUCCUAAGAAGCGCUGUCUGUCUUUAAGAAAGCCGAGUUCUGUGCACAGAGAUAGGGGCUUCUAAGCUCACAACCUAGAGGGACUCGCUUUCGCUUUUCUGAUGCUUUCAUUUCAGUAAGGUAAAGGUGACAAAGUGCAAUUAUCAGCAUUUCCCCCCUGGCAUUUAAGUAACCUGUCAUCCUAGAGUUUUGUGAUAGCCACUAAGGUACUAGAGGAGUCGAGACAACUAUGCACUCCAUCAGCGCAGUUAGGGUGUCCCUGGGUGGAGACACACAGACCAGGUGGACCUGACUCUUUAUUUUAAAUACGGGUAACAAUCUGAGGCAAUAUCACUAGGAGUUGUUUAGCUGUGACCUCUAACACAGAAGCACUAACUUAGAUCCUCAUUCUUAAUAUUUAUAUGUAUUUACAUGUGUAUUUUUGUGUACUGUUUUCAAGUGGACUGAGAUUUAAAUGCGUUGUCACUAGAGCUGACUGAAGGAGAAACUUAGUCUCAGAGAGAACUUAUUGGUUCCACAGUUUCAUGUUUCCCACGUACCUUUAAGUUAAGCUAAAGUUUUAAGUGGCAGUUUUCUGUCAGAAACUUCUUCAAGUGCUAACACUGUCUCAUUUUUUUAAAUCCUGGAAAGGGCUCAGAUUGGCAGGUGGCUGGUGCUAGCAUAAAUUAAUCUGGGUGUGUAGCUAGCUACACAGUGUUGAAAUGGUCUGAGCCUGCGCUCUCCUUUGACAUGAAUACGUGAGUUUCUUGGCCGUAGUACUCUGUCGACCUCUUGUGAUUUCACAGGGUUUGCUAACUGUGGUAAGGUAUGGCCAGGUACUGUCCGACUGGAUUCCGUGGGAGAACAGUCAGACUGUUGUACCAAGUUUGCACUAACAGGGGCCAUUUUAUUGCCCUACCUUCUUUUCCAGCCUCUGCCUGUCCAGAUUGUCAGUCCAGUGAAAGUUAACUCAUAAUGUGAAGAUUUACAUCUACUUCUAAAAUUUUGUUUUUUCAGAAACAUAAAAUCCCUCCAGUGGUUUAAUAGUUUAAUGACUUUUAAAAUUUCAUAUUACAAUUACAACCUCAUCAUUUUCCUUUUGCACUUAACAGUAAUGAAUACUUUACAUUGAAAUACUCGUUCUAGCUGAAGGUGAUCAAGGAAGAGUGAGAGAAUAGAACCAUGGCUAUGGUACGAGGUCAUUUUUCACAUUUAACUGGUGAAUUUCUAACAGUGAGUUAGGAAAUACUGACAUGAAGGACAGACUUGUUUGUGGAUCUGAGACAAGUAUCUGGACUGGAACGUCGUCUUGCCUCUGCCUAGAAUGUCUGAUACAGGAUUUAAGUACAGCCCCGUCUGUCCUCAGUCAGAACAGUUUGAUUUUCUUGAAGAAAGAAAACUUGCGUGGUUUGUAUUAAACACUCUUGCACAAAUUGUAAUAUGAUACUGUGAAAACAAUUUAAAACAUUGCCUCUUUGCAUCACAUACCUCGUUUUUCAGAAACUUUCCAAACUGCUUUACAAAGACCUCUAUAAGCAGGGACAGUUUUCUGAAGUGGAAGUUCAAGUGGAUGGCCUUUGUAGACUUAACAUCUUAAAAUCUAGUCCUAGAAAGCUAGAUAUGUGGCUUCUAUUUAUUGGCUUCAACAGUGCAUCUGUGAUCUCUUGACAAGCGUUGUCAGCCAAUAUCUUACCCGACCCCCAGGUUUCUUUGUCUUUUAUUUUAUCUUUUGGUUAUUUCCAGGUUUUUUUUUUUACAGUUUUACAUUGCUGAGGACAGGGGGAAAUACAACCAGUUCUGCAAGAGAUAACCAUGAAAUUUAUUUUGCAAGCUUUGUUGAGUAUCUAAGAUUUUCUUCCGCUUUUUGACAAUCUUCUGUAUUUAGAAAAAUAUGUUACUUGAAAACGAGACAGAACAUUGAGUGUUUGUGUGCCGUAGGAUCCAGAAGAGAACAAAGCUGUGGUUCAUUCUACAGCAGAUUUAUUCUGUGGAUCUCUACCAUGGUUGAUCCUUUUGCUAUAACAGUUUAUAUCAAGGGUAUGAUCUAAGUGUGGUGUGUCAGGGCCAAGGCUUGAAGUUUGCUAGAGCAGCAGAAUACCUAUUGGGUUUUAUAUGGAGAACUGUUUAUGUUGUAUAGCUCCGAUGUUUUGCCACUGUUUAAAAUGGCUUCAGAAGAGGUUCUAGAAAACCUAGUGCUCUGUGGGGGUCAACGUGUAGACACUUGGUGGCAUUUUCACAGUAUGAGAAUAUAAGUGAAAGACACAGUGGCUGCCACAGAUUAGGGGUAAGUCUGACGUGUCCCACUUUAGCUGUGUUUCUGCAUUUGAAGAAUGUAUGUAGCGCUUUCCUAUGUAUUUUUUACACGUAGAAAACUGGACUUGGUGUAACUGUGUCAUAGGAAAGUAGAAAUUGUAUUCUUUAUUUUCCAUCUUUGUUUUCUGUUAUCUUACAAGUUGAUGCUUAAGCGUCAGGCAGAUUUCACUGGUGCAUGAGAAAAGGUGGAUGUGAUCUGUAAGGAAUCGGAUUCCCUGUGUGAAGCAGUGUAAUAUGGCAUUUGAUGUUCAGUGCUCAGGUAUGUAGUAAGUACUGUAGUCCUAUGGGGGCAAAUGUGUAGAUAUUUUUAAACAUUUUGCCGUAAUUGCACAAUUUUUGCAUUUUUACCUGAUGUCAUUGUUUCUUAUAAUAAAACCUUUUCUGAUUAAAACUUCCAGUGUUGUAAUCUGACCUCCAAUGAGUGAGUUUUGCAGAGUUAAAAUUGUUGGAAGUCACAAAAUACCUCACGUCAUGAUAGAUUUUAAUCUGUUAAAAACCUGGCCUUUGGUAGAGAAUGAAAUAAUCACUGUCAUUGUGUGUAAUGUUCUUUAAGUUCUAAAGAAGCUUGUUUGUCUCAGUAACUCCUGUGCUCUGACCUGAACUGUUCCUGUGUUUGACUCAUUCUCUUACACACGUCACAUGCAGUGUGUCAGAAGGUCCUGUGCUGUCCCUCUGUCCAUGUACCCUACUGCCACUCUCAUCCAGUCUAAGCCAGCCUGUCUUGUCUACAUAAUGCAGUUGYCCCUGAACCUGUCUUCCUCCUGCCGUCCCUGACCUCUUAUGGAAUUUCUCCACACAUAGUCUCGUGGCCCUGUUAAAACAUAGGUCAGAUCAUGUCCCUCUUCUGCUCAGACUUCUCUAGUGGCUUCCCAACCCCAACCCCUUAUCUAUAAGAGAUCCAACUCCUUAUCUAUAUGGUCUGCGCCUCAACCCCGUUACUAUACUAUACACAGAGGCUAAAGGUCACCUGAUGAGGGGUUGCCUGGGCCUGGAGCCAAGUUUUUCAUUUCUCCUCUGUUGUGCACAUUCUGUUCCAAACCAAAUGCACAAAUGUCGAAUGGUUGCCUCUUUAGAGUUCCAUUUUCUCUCAACAUUGUUACUGUGAUUCUUAUCCUGGGAGUGGAUGAGGUGGGAAGUAGCUUCUCUCUGUUACCCCCUCUGCACCUCCUUCCUGUCACUGUGUUGCUAUACUAAUAAGCCACUGUUUCUCAUUCUGGAAGAGAUUAUGGAAAAGUGGUGUAAUUUUAACCUGAAGUAUAUGGCAGGAUAUAUGUAUAGUGAAGCUAUUUGGACUCGAUGCUCCAUUUUGGAGGGGUAUUAAUUCAAUUCUCAGAUAAUAUAGGGAUAUCUGGGUUGUAUGUGUCUCCUGUGAGUUUCACUUCUGCCUUUCAAGAGAACAUGAACAGAUGUGUGGGCCUAGAGUUGUUCAUUACAUCCUUACGUCCAUGGAAUUGGCAGUGAUUACCCCUCUUUCAUUUCUGAUAUGGGUAAUUUGUUUAUUCUUUUUGUUCUUGUUUCACUUGCUAGAGGCUUGUCAAUUGCACUGGUCUUCUUGAAGCACCAAACUCUAGUUUUAAUGAUUUCUCACUAUUGUUUUGUGUUGCAAUUGCAUUGAUUUCUGCUCUUUUAGACCUUUCUUCUUUUUCUAGUAGUAUAUUUAAUGCUGUAAACUUUUGUCUAAGUACUGUUUUUAUAGCAUCCCACAAAUUUUGAUAUGUUGCAUUUUCAUUUUUAGUACAGAAUAUUUUUAUCAUAUCCACUUGGAGAAUAUGCCCUUUCAUAAUUAUGUAAUACCUCUUUUUGAUCCUGGAUAAUCUUUCUGGUUCUGAGGUCUUGCUGUAUAAAAUUAGCGCAGCUUCUUGGCUUUCUUUUACUUUACACUAGCUUGACUUCUUUUUCUUUUGACUGCAUCUUUAUGUGCAAACUGGGUCUCCCGUAGACAGCUCCUGGCUGGGACUUACCCUGUGUACAUGGACAGUCUGUUUCUGUGUAGCUUGUUUAUAGAGCACUGGCAUUUAAGUUGCUUACUGACAUCUUCCAUGUUCGUGGCUGUUCUUAAUCUGUUUUUGCCUAUUUUCUUGCUUUUUCUUGUGUUGACCUUUUUUAAAUUACUCUAUUGUAUCUGCUCUGAAUACAUGGAUCAUACUUUGAGUUCUUUCCCGAGGUUCUUGUUCACCUGACCCAAGGCAGCUGAGUGGGCACUCUGUGGCCUGUACCUUGCAGGCUGUUCAGUUCACUCUGCAGGACAUGCUGUAGCUGUUCAGCACAUCUGUAUUGGCUUUACUUGCAGCCGUUCUGCUUUCAGAUCGAUUCAUAUCAGAGGUGUUUUACCUCUGUGUAUUCCUUCCCUGACAGUGUUCAUUCCUUUGUGUAGGUCUUUCUGCCCAAACAACUUUCAUUUGACACUGUUUGCAAGGCAGGUCUGCAAAGAAGAUCUAAUUCAGAGUCUGAUUGCUGUAUUUCUCUUCACUUCUGAAAGAUGAGUUUGCGGGCGGCAGUGAGUAGUGUCCCUGUCUCAGUCCUCAGUGGCCUGUGCCUGAGGCUGCAGCCUUCACAGAAGCUUCUCUGCUGACUCCCCUGCUGGGUCCUGCCUUCCUGGGUGCAGCACCCCUGCUGUAACCCUUGACCCCUGUUGACUGUUUAAUGCUCCUCCCUGCAGGAGGGAAGAGAAGGCUGCAGGGAGAGGGUUGGGGAUGCUGUUUCCCUGGAGAGAGAGUGGGCCUUUAUUUCUGGGUACUUCAUCAUCCUUAUCCCUCCUCUGCCAGACUCGGGGGGGGUCUUCUCAGAUUUUCCACAAGAAGCGCCUACACCCGAGUCCAGGGUGGCGCCUUCAGCCUCCCCUCUCUGAGGGUCUUUCUGCUGGAGCAGACCUUUCUUCACAUAAGGUUCUGGGGUGACACCCAACAUCUUCACACUCUCUUGCUGAGUCCCCACAGCAAGCUCCUGAUGUGUACGUGUGGGUUGGACAGUUGAAUUAUUUGGUUUGUACAUAAAUGUUUAUCACUUCUUUAUACAUUUAGUAUGUUUCACACAAAAAAAGUUGAAAAGACUGACUUUGUAAGAAGUUCGUAUGCUACGCAUUUGGGCGUAUCUUUUACUCGUCAUGACGUGUUCAUGGACUUACUUGGCAUGUAGUUCAGCGAACGUUGACUCUCGAGUACCUUAUAACCCAGCACUCCAGGACCAAAUUAAAGUGAUUUGAUAUAAUUUGAUUAAAGUCAUCAAUCAUUUUAAGAUAUUUUUACCAAACUGUUAACAUUAAAUUGAAAACUUCAGUGUAAUCAUUUUAAAUUAUGCUUAUCAUGUUCAUAUGAAGCAUUUUCUAUUGCCUCCUUUGUUAAAGAAAAAAGAUUUGAUCCUUUCUGCCUUUCCUCCUCCAUCAA